UGCCACGCGAUCGUGCCUACCCUGCUCCAUCUUCUUGUCGCGUGCGGUAAAUGAACUUCUCCCGAUGACCGGAAAAGAGGCAAGAAGAUAUCGGUGAUUUGCGAUUUACGUGACUCGAAGACCUUCAUUUUAUUGAUGAGAGGAUGCUUUAUGUUUUUGCUCUUUUAACCAGACGUCUAUUUAUGUAUAUAUAUAUAUAUAUAUAUAUACAACCAGAAAAAGAGAAAGAUCCUCAUGCACCAAAAUUCGAAGAUUUAACUAAAUGAAGGAUCAUUGUGCUUUGAAAUUAUUGUCGGAAUCUGUAUUCGUUGGGAUAAUUUUUGUAAGUAUUUUGUCAAGUCAUCUAAUGUUUGUGGGUUGUGUUACGGAAAAAAGAAGUACUACAGUAAUAAUAGAACACGAAUCGUAACAGGAAGGAUUUCAUAUCGAAAAGUCUAGAAGGAAGACCCAUCGAGGAGAGUAGCAGCAGCAGCAGCAGGCUUUCGCUGCAAUUCACAAUCGUGGACCAACGGAAUUCGCCUCUGAAGCUUCCAACUGGCUGAGAAUCGAAUCCAGGAAUGAAGAAAAAUGAAACCAUUCUUAGGAUGCGGACAAGAAAGCAGAGUAAGGAGAAGCGAUGCUAAAGGAAGUGGGUUGUGGUGGUACAACACCCCCGCCUGGGGAUGGUGCCGUCGGCAAUCGUCAAAUUGGAAGCGGCGAUAGAACAAGUCCGGAAGGUGGUUCACUUGGCUGCGGUGGAUGCGGAAAGGAGAUAGCAGAAAGAUGGUACCUAAGAGCUGCAGAUCGUGCUUGGCAUUGCGGUUGCUUAAGAUGCUGCCAUUGCCGGGUUCCAUUGGCUACCGAGUUGACUUGUUUCGCCAGAGACGGCAACAUUUAUUGCAAAGAAGAUUACUAUCGACUCUUUGCUGUUUCGAGAUGUUCCCGAUGUCAAGCUGGCAUUUCCGCUUCGGAAUUGGUGAUGCGAGCACGAGAUCUAGUUUAUCACGUGGCUUGUUUCACGUGCGCAUCGUGUGGCACCCCUCUUAACAAAGGCGACCAUUUUGGACAGAAGGAGGGCCUCGUUUACUGUAGACCUCAUUACGAGUUAAUUUGCUGCUCUACGGAUUACGGAAGUACGUCAGGCAGUGUCGAAGACAUCGGUUCCCCGGAGGUGUCACCUCUUCCGGGCUAUUACAGUACAGCUGAGCAAAGUCCCAUUGCAUCAAGUGGGUCAACUCAAAAGGGCCGUCCAAGAAAAAGAAAACUUUCCGAAGUCACCGGUUCAGAUUUAACGAUGAGACUUGCAGCCGGCGCUUUAGAAUUACUUCAUCCAAAUGAACUCUCUUCAUCGAUGGAGUCAUUGGCCGCUUAUGAUGCAUCAGUAGGAUCUCCUGGACCCGUGCACCAAAAUCAAAGAACCAAACGUAUGCGAACAAGUUUUAAACAUCAUCAACUGCGAACGAUGAAAAGUUACUUUGCCAUUAAUCAAAAUCCAGACGCCAAAGACCUCAAACAGUUGGCGCAAAAAACUGGAUUAUCCAAGCGAGUCCUUCAGGUAUGGUUUCAAAACGCGAGGGCGAAAUGGAGACGAAACAUAAUGCGUCAAGAGGGUAACAGCAGUUCGAAUAAUGUCGUAUGUCCAGGUACUCCAGCGUCGUUGAGCACUGGAGUCGACUCGCCAGGAGUGGGAUCAACUUCCGGUAUUCUAGGCGACAGCAACAGUAUGCCAUCAACGUCCAUUGAGGAGUUACAUGCACUUCAUCAUUUACAUUCCGGUGUUUCUUCUCAGGUAUCUUUUUCUGAUCUUUACUGACGAGGACAACAACAAGUGGAAGAGAAAUCUUUUCGUUCAACGUCAAAUCAUCUUGAUUAAUUGUAGUCAAAAAAAGAAACAGAAAAAACGGUGCUUACAAAACUCUUCACUUGAGUGCUAAAAUUUUCAUAAUCGAAACCCAAAGAAAAAAAGAUUACGUUCAAAGAAAAGUGUUUUAAGAUUUAGAGAAACGACUUGAAAGUUAAAAAGUAAUUUCGAAAUUUUC